AUGUAUGGGAGACGAUGUUUAAUCACAGGCGCAUCCCAAGGUCUAGGAUAUGCUUUAUCACAUAAAUUGGCUCUUAUGGGAGCAUCAGUGACGCUUGUAGCGAGAAAUGAAGAUAAGUUGAUCCGAAACCUUGAAACCUUACCUACAAGUGAAACCCAAUCUCAUUCGAUAGUGCCAUAUGAUCUUAAUAAUCUAUUGCCAGACAUGGCUCAAGAAUCCAACAAAAACUACCUUAAAUUGGUAGACUCUCUAAAGGAGAUCUCUGUCUUGAUUAAUUGUGCUGGAAUCACCACUCAUAGUUUGCUACCUAAAUUAAAGCCUGCAACUAUUGCAUCUACCAUAAAUUUAAAUUUAACAGCUCCAAUCCUUCUUAGUCAAUUAUCAUAUAGACAUAUGCUCAAGAAGCGUACCGCUAACAAACCAGUAAUUGUCAAUAUCUCAUCUGUACUCUCGUGUACCGGCACCACACUACCAGGUACAGCGGUUUACGCAGCCCUGAAAGCAGGUCUUGUCGGGUUCACAACAUCCUUAGCUACAGAAAUGCGUGGGAAAGUUAGAGUUAAUGCAAUUUUACCAGGAUUAAUUAGUGAAACAAGCAUGGGUGCCGAGGUUAACAGAGAUUUGGGUCUUUCACAAGUAUCUUUGGAAGACGUUACCGAUGCAACCGUUGAUACAAUAUUGAAUGAAGAAUUGAAUGGUGAAUGUAUUAUUGUUGAUCAAGAUGGUCAAAGGUUAUUUAAAUUCAAGUGA